AGAGUGGCAGUAAAGACAGGGGAAGUCAAACAAACGUCAUUUCCUGUGUUCAGUCCCCGCUUCUUGCAGACCGCGGAUUUUUAAAAAAUAACGACUGUUUGAGGAGUCAGACUGAAGUCAAAGGCUGCACGUUUAUUUAAAGCUUACAUCUGAACAUCAUGACGUCCAUCACUGAUCCCAACAUGAGUGACCGGUUCACCAAUGCAAUGGAGGAGAUCCACAGCAAACAGCUUAAGUCAUAUGGGGAGAUAAUUGACGCGACUUCAGAGUUUUGCCAGUCCUACAGACAGUUUGUGAAGUCUGCACAUGAUACAUGUUUAAAGAAAUGUCAGGAUGAUGAGAUGCUGUUUGAGACGAUACAGACAUUCAAAAGAGACUCACAACAUAGAAAUGCAUCAUUGAAAGAGAGACAGCAAGCCAUUUCUGGAAUGAUAUCUGAGAUACAGCAGAAGGAGAUGCAGAAAGACGACAUUAUCCAGAAGAUAGAGAAACUUAAAGCAGAACAAGCCAAGAGAAAAGACUUAAUUGAGUCUCAACAUAAAGCAAACAAAACCAGACUGAGGAAUCUCCAGAAAGCUAGACUCGUCUUUCAGGAACAUUUGGGGAUGGAGAUACGAACAAUCCACGGCAAAACACAAUUGGUUAAAGGUGAAAAGCUGCAGUUUGUUUUCCGGAAUAUAAACCCUUCAGAUCAGGACAGCGCCUACGUUGUCACCAUGGGGAUUAAAGAAGACGGAGCAUACCAGAUUGUGUCGAGUGACCCCGUGCUUGAGUGUUUGCCGGCCUUGGAGAGCCGCCUUCAGGAGACCAAUAACCUGCCAGCAUUCCUGGCAAAUAUCAGGAAGGAAUUUAUCUCUCAGGCACGCCGCUAAGAGUGGAAGAAAAGGAGGAUAAAAAUGUGGACUGGUUCCAGCAAAGAGCACAGCUUUCAGUCUGUAUCUACAGUACAGGUCUGUAAACAGAACAUCAACUGCCUUGUCAGGACUAAUAGAUAUUGUAAAUAAUAAUAAUGGUAAUAGUAAAUCUGAUCUUUUACCUCCAUAAAUACUGGUGUUAAUUGUAUGCACAGCAGUGCAGUUGUGUCUCAUUAUUUCGGAGCAUGGUCCCGUUACAGUCUGCUGCAUAUUUGGCGUUGGUUCAAAUCCUGGAGUUUGGCCUUGAGAGAACAGGUGUUCUGGUGGAAAUGGUGACGGGGCCUCACUGUCUAUUGUGUCUCUCUAAAUCCUGAACGAUUCACAAGCUUACUGUAGAUGUCGCUCUUCAAAAGUCAAGAUCAAUAAAAUAAUCAUUCACA